GAUUGUACCCGCCUGAAACUACCACACACAAGGCCAUUGUCAACGCCAUGGUAAAUGACGGUUGACUUGUUAAAUGAUGGGAUAUAUUGAAACUCCCCAAUGUCCACCUCAGACAAUGCGUUCCAAGAACUUGCCCGGAUCUUUGCGACCAGAAACAACCGCGUUCUUGAGAUCGAGAUUCUCCCUCCAGCGCUUGGUCCCCUCCUUCAAGACGAAUGCUCCGUAGGUAUCACAAAGAAAUACCUAGUUCAGUCGUUUGUGACUGCUAGACGUAUAUUCUUUGAGAAAUCAAGGUCCCAAUUCGAAUGCGGAACCCCACGCACAAUAACCCAGAAUGAGAAUGAGCGCGUAACUCACGGCUCUUCGGACGCGAUCCUCGAGGACCUUUUAGUCUCAACAGAAAUAAUCCUGUUAUUCGACUGCGAGCAUCUUACAGCAUGCAACUGGAGACGCGGGCGCCUGGAUGCCCUCAAGGGACACCAUGAUUUUUCCUCCCACGAUCCGGGGCCACUUAUCCAAGCGCUAGAAGCUGAGCUUACUCUGAUGACAACUUAUCUUUGCUCGCCCUUACACCGGCAUACAAAAUCUCCGACGUUAUGGCAACAUCGAUUAUGGGUACUAAGUCGGUUACUCGAAAUACGCGAGGCGAGAGCGAGACGACUACACUUCGUCAACCCGUCCGAGGAAACAAACCAACACCAAGAGAGUAGUGUCGACUUGCUAAAAUCUGAGCUAGCCAUCGUUCAUCGGGCCGGAGAACUACACCCACGAAACUAUUAUGCUUUUAACUAUAUGAGACAAGUGCACAACAUCCUUUCCGAUGCUACAGAAGGUUCCCGAGAAGGCCCCUCUUCCUUAGCUGAAUCGACUAUUGAUUCGAUGUUGCACUGGUGUUUGGGCCAUCCGUCGGAUAUAUCCGGGUGGAUGUUUAUGCUCUAUCUUCUGAAAGCUGUUCCGAAAGGUAACCUUCAUGUCAGUACUGUUAACAAGGUGGUCCGCUACGCUUUAGAUGUCGGGUGGGAAGGCGAGAGCCUCUGGACCUUUGUGGACCAGUCUGUUAAGUCGCUUGGUCUGGAGGAGACGGUCUACAAUGCUCUGCAGAGGAUUCCGGGGACCUCUUUUACUACUAUUUCCACGGUUCAAGAUGAAUCGAUGAGGAAUACAACUCUGCCAGUGCGACCGUGGAAAUAUUGGCUGACCAUGGCGAGGAAAUACUGGGGUGGCUACAAUUAAGUUGUCAAAGAAGCAAUAUAGGUUUCAGAAAAACACACGCUACUCAUGUUCGAGCCACGGACACCAUCAAAUGGCGAAACCCUUAAGUCUUUUAAGCAACAGGUAUGAUU